AUGUCAAAAAUGUACACAACGACUAGUGGGGGCAGACGUUCUCCGUAUAACAACUGGGAAAAAUCCCUUUUUAAAUUAUAAUAAACGACAAGAUGGCGGCCCGUGCACUGCUCUUCACGCUCGUCGCCAUCAUUUUUCAGGAGCAAAUUACGCUAGGAACCGGUUCAGGGGAACAGGACUGUGAAGGGAUGGGUAAGAAUCGCGAACAAUGUCAGGAGCAGAGCAAUGAUAUCAAUGAGUAUCAACGCAUGAAGAAUUGUUGGGUGAUCCAAGCGAAUACUGGUAGGGUAAAUAUAACCGAAUUGGAAAUCGCCAUCGCUACCACUCUAGAGGAUAUCAAGGUAAAUUUCGACCGGAUGGAGGCCCUUCUAGCCUUUACACAGAAACCAGAUAUUCCACGAGCGCAGAUUAAUCUCGCAGCUGAUGACAAAUCCUGUAACAUUCCGGGAAAAGAUGAGUGUGAAAAUAUAACCGACUUGAAAACUACCAUCGUCAACAGUCUAGCAGAUCUCAAGGGGAAAAGCGUACAGAUUGAGCGCUAUUUAGCCAUUGAAUCACUGGAGAGGAGGUUCCCAGUUGCCAGGAAAUACUAUGACAUUCAGAAGAUUAAUGCUGCGGUUGAUAUACCCCAACUGGAAAACAUCAUUGCCCACGCUCUAGAUCAUCUCGAGGUAUUUCUCGAGGAAAUUGUGUUACGUGUAACCGAUAGCCACGAAAGUGAUAUUAGAUUCCUGGAAGACAGGCUUACGGCUUUCAGAACAUACUAUGACGCUGUCAUUAAGGAAGGAAAUUGUCCAAGAGAAUACACCGAACGAUGCUAUAAAUUAACGAAUGCGAUACUCGAAAAAACUGAGAAGGAGCAGAAGAACAAUAUCGAUCGGUACCACGGGAUUGUUGCCAAAUACUCUGACGCGACGUUCGCUUCGAUAACGAAGGAGCAUUCUAAGGUACAAAAGGUUUAUGAACUCAGCCUUAACGACCCCUUCAGAGAGUGUAUUGGCAUUUCAAAUCGGGACGACUGUGCUGUGAUGAAGUUCAACGACAUACGUGCCGGUAUUCCGUUGUGGAAACGGAGAAUGGAGGAAGAGGCAAGACAUUAUAAUAAGCAGGUGAACCAAAAGUUGAAUUCAACUGACUUGGACGUGGACGCAUCGUUGAAUGAAAUGGAGGAAGACUUUCAACGUUACCAAUCCGCUGUACUGACGUGCGCAUCGUGCUACGACUCUGAUGAACUGCACGCCCUAGAGAGUUCCUUAGGAAUUAUAUAAAAUUCAUUGAAGUGUGUGAAAUUAUUGCUGUAUACCUACAUAUCUACAUAUUAAGAAUUAGUAGCGGACCUCAAAUGAACUCAUAUAAUCCUCUGGGUCCUCUGCCAAUAAAACACCUGGGCCUUGCCAAGAUAAUUCUCCAGAGUCUUCCUCAAUUGAUUAGAUACUCCCUUUUGUGACGCAUCCCUCCAAAGAUAGAGUUCAUAUUCCUUUACUAGAAAACAUCCCCUCCAAGGAAGCAACAGGCCAAACUCUUAAAUAGACCACCUCCGCAUUUUUCCUCAGUAGUUUUCGAUUCGGCAUACACUAAGUGACAGUCUGUCAGGAACAGAGACAGAACUUGUAUUUUCGUGUGAAAAUAAAGAUUUCGUAGAAUUGAAUAUGCUCAUUUUAUUGGAACGCUACUUUGUUAUUAAUUGCGGACUUUGCACACUCAAUUUUUGUGAACUUCUGUUAUUUUCUUAUCAACCCGAUGGACAUCGGGGCCCGGUAAUUAUAUGAAACUCGGGAUUGCUCAAAAAGCAGAGUUACUAACGGGAUCUAUCUUGCUCAUCGUCAAAACGUUGCUAUAUAUUACAUCAAGACGGGAAGUUUAUAUAGCGUUCCACAUUUCUUGUGACGUCAAAGGAAAUCGUUGGAUAGGAUUUUGGAUGAGGUAGGAAGGGGAACAGGAUAAUUCUCCAUAUGAUUUUUGCAAGAAAAAUUCCUGAAAAAAUGGAUAGUCCAGACCGGGAUUUGAACCCGGGACCUUCCGAUUGGUUUUUUCUUUUUUCUUUUCUUUUCUUUUCAAUUUUCAUGGAGUAAUUGCUGGAAAAAUCACGGUUUUUGUCCACUAUUUUAUUAUUUUGUAUCGGAUAAAAUGAUUUGAAAUCAAUGACUCCAUUUAUUCAACAACCCAUGAUUCUUGAAGCUCUUUCGAAGAACAGAGUUCUCGAGACAAUAGAGAAUUCCAUAGUUACAGUUGGUGAAUCGAUUAUAUGAACCCUUGUCCACGUCGAGAUCCAUCAAGGGUUUGUGAACCUUCAGUUUUAUACCAGAACUCAUUUUCCUGACAGUUUUCAAGCAAAAUCGAGGAAAUUCACAUGGAUAAUUUGGUAUCUGGCAACAAAUCAUCCAAAGGAGAGGAUGUGUCACAGGGGUGAAAAGUCAAGCAGUUUUGUUUUUCUAUUUCUCCGAAAUUUUUCAAGUUUUCCUACUUUUUCUCGAGUUUUUCAUAUAUUUCAAAAUAAUUUUAGUUCUUCUGUUCCAUUGUUCGCAUUUUGACAAUAAACACGUAAUUGUUAUUGAAUAUUUCUCUCCGUGUAUUAUCUGCAUUAAGAUAAUUAUGAGCAAACUUACGUGCCCAUUCCUUUUCGAUCUAUCGCCAAAUUAUCCCAUCAGAAUAACAUCCAUAAGUUGCGCAUGCGAAAAAUAUGCACAUGACUAGUGGGGGCAGACGUUCUCCCUAUAAGAACUGCGAAAAAUCACUCUUUAAAUUAUAAUGAACGACAAGAUGUCGGCCCGUACACUGCUGUUCACGCUCGUAGUCGUCAUUUUUCAGAUCCAGGGGAAUAAUGGUAGGGUACAUACUUUAGACGAGUUGAAAGCCCCCCUCGUCGAUAGUUGGACGACUUUCAAUAACAGUUUGAAGGAGAUUGUAAGCGAUUUCAAGAGUGCAUAUGACAAAGAUAUUGCUCAUCUGCAAGAGAGGAUCACAAAUGUUACUCAAUACUAUAACGAGCAAAUUAUCAACGGAACGUGUUCACCAGAACAGACGGACCGAUGCUAUAAACUAACGAGCACAUUACUCCCAAAAGUUAGGAAUACGGUGAACAGUAGUAUAAGUAAGUGCUACGAGGAUGCUUUUAAUUUCCCUGACAUCUAUCCCCUGACUUUUAUGGACGAUUAUCGAAAGCACGAAAAGCAGCUCGAGUUAACCUAUCAGAACACCUCCGAGGACUGUUCCAGGGAGGAAGAUGUUGAGAAAUGUAUGAAGACCAUGAUACCAUAUUUUCGUAACGAGGGUCGAUAUUGGCGUCGAAUCCUAGAGGAGGAGGAGUCGGAUAGGGUAGCACGGGCGAAAGACAUGUUGAAGGAUAUAACUCCAUGCGUCAGAAACAUAUUCAGAAAACUGCAGAAGGGCCUUGACAUUUGCCACCGCCCUGUAAUGACCUGCGUCAAGUGCGGGGACUCUUCUGGACUGCGCAAAUUAGAGCGUCUCUUACGAAUUGAAUGGAAUCCACCGAAGCCUGUUGAAUUAUUAUUAAACAAUUGAAGACCAGUUCUGAUGGUUUGCACUUUCAAUUUAUUCCAAAUUUUUUUAGUUUCUUAUGUAAAACUGACUGCUCGUGGAGCAAUUUUCAAUUUUCAUGGAGUAAUUGCUGGAAAAAUCACGGUUUUUUCCACUAUUUUAUUAUCUUGUAUUGGAUAAAAUGAUUAUGAAAUCAA